CCUUCUUCUUCCUCCACACUCCCCAAACCAUCGCCAUCGGAGCGUCCCCCUCCCCCUCUUUCUUUGCUCCCCGUUGGAAACCACGCAUCUUUUCCUCCCGCCGCUCUUCCGUGCCAUGACGAACCACGCCGCCUUCGCUGCCGAGGACGCGGUCACCGCCGUGCCGCCGCCGGCGCAGGCGGGUCGCCAUUUCUCGUCGUUUCCGCCGCGGAGGGCGCGCGACUGCAGGAAGGCUACCCUGGGCCGCAUGGACCUGGCCGCCUCCGGGGUGCUCAGGGGCGGGUCGCUGCUGGACUCCAUGAAGGCCUCCUCGCCGCGCCAUGCCAAGUUCGCCGCCGGCGCCGACCACGAGGACUGGAUGGAGAAGCACCCGUCGGCACUAGAGUGGAUCGAGGCCGUGGUGGCGGCGGCCAAGGGGAAGCAGAUCGUGAUGUUCCUGGACUACGACGGCACCCUGUCGCCGAUCGUCGAGGACCCAGACAGCGCCGUCAUGACCGAAGAGAUGAGAGACGCGGUGAGGAGCGUGGCCCAGCAUUUCCCGACAGCCAUCGUGAGUGGGAGAUCCAGAGACAAGGUGCUCAACUUUGUGAAGCUAGAGGAGCUGUACUACGCCGGGAGCCAUGGCAUGGACAUCAAGGGCCCCACCACAGUGUCCAACCACAAGGCAAAGGUCAGUUUGGCUGACGAAGUUCUGUGCCAGCCGGCGACUGAGUUCCUGCCUAUCAUUCAGGAGGUGUAUGAGACGCUGACCGCCAAGAUGGAGGCCAUCCCAGGCGCCAUGGUGGAGAACAACAAGUUCUGCCUCUCUGUGCACUUCCGCUGUGUUGACGAGGAGGAAUGGGAUGCUCUAGGCAAGGAAGUGAGAGCGGUGCUCGAGGGCUACCCAGAUCUCCGCCUCACCAAGGGGAGAAAGGUCCUGGAGAUCCGUCCCUCCAUCAAGUGGGACAAGGGCAAUGCCCUUGAGUUCUUGCUUGAGUCUCUCGGCUAUGCAGGACGUGGUGAUGUUUUCCCGAUUUACAUCGGAGAUGAUCGCACUGACGAGGACGCAUUCAAGGUGCUGCGCAACAUGGGGCAGGGCAUCGGGAUCCUUGUGACCAAGUUUGCAAAGGAGACCACCGCAUCCUACUCUCUGCGAGAGCCUGCAGAGGUGAAAGACUUCCUGGGUAAGCUGGUGAUGAGCACCGGGACAAAGGGCUAGUACCUAAUUCAUCAUCAACCAUCUGAUAGCUCGAAAUGGAGAGCAAGCUAUAUAAUUAAGCUAGAUUAAGUCUUGUUUCCUUGUUGGACUUUGCGUUUUUGCUGUUGUGUUAACUAGUAGUAGAAGAAUGCAUGUGUGUGUGUGUGUGUGUGUGUGUGUGUGUGUGUGUGUGUGUGUGUGUGUGUUGGGAUCGACCACGAUCCAGAUCGAUCGAGCGCGGUGACCCCUAGGCCUUGGCUCUGAAGGUUUCUAUUACUGUAUCCUUCUGGCGAGGUUCUUGUAAUUAUCCUUUCCUAGCUAUGACAGAAAUGGGAGUGACAAAGUAGCCCCCAUUUUUCUCACUUAAA